GUGGUUUUCAAAUGAUCAAUGUCAUUUGUCGAAGCAAGAGUUCAAAGGCUGUCAAAACAUAAAACUCUGCAAAAUCAUAAUAAUUGCUCCACAAUUGCUCAUAGUAUCACAUAGUAUGAAUAAUGGGUUUUUCAUAUUGUUGUAGUGUUAGCUGUCUGAUUUUGAGCAUUUGGGCGGUUGUGCAACUGGUGAUAAUGGGAAUACUGUUCAAUAUGGAAGUUGUUGCAUUCAUAGAUGAAGCAGAAGCCAGUGUCUAUGAUGAUUAUGAGGAUUUUAUUAUGAAAACUAAACAGAACUACCAGUCGAUAGCUACUAACUGCUUUAUAGCUGCGGCCGUAUACUUCAUAUUUCUACUGAUAUCCUACUGUUGUAUAAGGAGGUCGACAAAAGCUGAGAGGCUUGCCGCUAAACAAUCAAAAGACAUCGACGUCCUAUGCUCACAAAACACCACAUUUCCGAAGUAGCCAUAUUGGAUUUUAUUUCUAAUAAACAUGGUUGAAUAAAGUAAACCUACAUA